AUGCCCGCCCCUCACUUCGCUUCGCCCGACAGGGUGAUGCGCGCCGCUCACAGGAUGGAAACACUGGUCGAGAUAAUGAGGGAGCACCGCCUUGAAUUUGUUGCUAUCCUACACGCUGCCCAUCUUUAUGUCAGGUGGGUCAAGGCCUAUGACCGACAAGAUCUUGAUCCAGAAGACGAUGAUGAAGAUUGGGCCGUGGACUGGGAGCAUCCGAAUGCAGAAAAAGAUGUCGGCAUACUUUUGGCACUGGCUCUGGGCGAGAUGGGCAUUGCUCGACGCAAGAGGGACGAACCGCCUGGAUUGGAUAGAAUACUGGAAGAUUGCUUGAGAAGGCUGUACGUGUUGCUCUACGACAUUAUCUACUGGGACUUUGGAGGUGUUGUCGGACUGCUCGCCCCUGCCACUCCCGGAGCGCUUCUCAAGAAACCAAAGGACGAUGAAUGGGUUUUGCGGGAACUCCCGGAUGCCGCCGACACCGGAGACUCUACCGAUAAGCCCCCUGAUCAGUCUAAUGACAAGCCCUCUGACGAGGCCACCAAUAAAUCGACCAAAGAGUCUACCGACAAGCCGGCCAAAGACUCCAGUAACAAAUCCACCGAUGAGUCCUCCGACGAGUCCUCCAAUGAGUCCAGCAAAGCCGACCCGAAGGAGAACAACGCACCGGAAGUUCUAGACCCAAAGUUCUACGCAGCAGCCAAAUCACUGCAACACCUCUGCGAGCAAGAAUUCUACGAUUUGAGCAAAGAAUAUUACGUACACCCAACCGUCAAGAAGCUGUUAGAAUUUCAUUGGAACAUGCGCUCUCGCAAAGGGAAGAAGAAGGCCGACCCUCGAUUUCCGUAUGCAGCAGAACAGCGUUUUAUGACGGUAGAUGGCGUAUCGGAAUUCAUAGACCCUGAAUUUCUCCCAGCACCACCACCUCCUGAACCUCUGAGCAAAUUGGAAUUUCUGGACUUGGUCAACGAAAGAACGACGAAGCCCCAAACUACAACGACCGUCGGUCCCUCAAAGACUGCCGAGUCCGCAAAACCAGCCGGAGUCGCAAAUGCCCCUGGACCCGUACAACGCCCCAGAACACCUCUGCCUACCGGAACCCCAACGACCGCCGGCCCCUCGAAGACUGCCGAAUCACCGAAAAAGCCCGCUGAAUCCGCAAGUCUUAGUAAAGUUUUUCGGUUCACAGGAGUUUCGCCGGGCUCUAAACCCUCUCAGAACACCGGAUUCUUAGGGCCCACCAGAUUUUUGGCGACCCCCAAAUCCCAUACGAUCGCUGAAUCCUCCAAGACCGCUGAAUCGAGAAAGCCCGCUAAUGCGUGGCAGACACCCGAGUAUUUGAGAUCUUUGGAUGAUUUAUGGAGACCCGCCAGAGUCGCAACUGUUCCCAGAACCUCUCAGCCUGCUGGAACUUCUCAGAACACGCCCGCUGAGUCGCCCAAGUCAACCGGACUCUUGGAACCUGCCGAGAUUAUUCCAUCGUCCAAUAAUCAGCAGCCUGGAGAAUCCCCAAAGACUGCCGCUGAAUCCUCUGAGCCCACUGGAGUCUCUCGUGCAAUCGGAAUCCCAAGCCCGCCCGAAGUUGAGAAGCCCGCCGAGUCCCCAAGGUCAGCCCAACUUUUGGAACCUGCUGAAAUCUUUUCGCCCCUCGACAUCUCUCCAACCCCCAGGGCGAAGAGCCGCUCCCCAUCAUUGACGCAGACGCCCACGAGGCUCGGGAGGCGGGAAGAAGUCGGUGGGACUCCUGAGUCUCCGGAAUCCAAGAUGCUAAUUGACGAGGAGGAAGCCGAGGGUCAGUUGGCUGAGACACCUUCCUCUUCUUCUGCGAAUGCAUCAAUACAAGCUAAAAAGCGUUCCCCACCAUCGGUGGAGCGUCCCACGCAAGUCAAGAGGCGCCGAGAGGUUAGUGCGCCUUCGGAGUCUCCGGCAUUCGAGAAACGAGAGAGUGAGGAGGAGGGCGAAGUGUCGAAUGAUGAUGAUGAGAAAGACGACUAG